AUGACCAGUUUUCAAUUAGUAAUUGAUGGCAUCCUCGAGAAAAAAGGAGUGGAGGGUACAUUUGCUCACGUAGAUGAUGUCUUUGUGUGUGGAGAUUCUGAGGAAGACCAUGAUAAAAAUCUGAAACAUUUUAUGGACGUUGCAAGAAGAGCAAUGGGAAUGCCUGCACAUUUCUCCUGUUGGGUGCUGGGGUUUUCUGAGAAGAUCCGUUCUCUCUCUCAUGCCAAUGAUUUUCACUUAUCUGCUGCCGCUGUGAAAGCAUUUGAAGGAUUGAAACGAGACAUUGCUGAGGCAGUGGUUCGAGCAAUUAACCAAACAGCUCUGGAAACUUUCACUUCAGAUCAUGCCAUUGCCGUUACCCUAACCCAGAAUGAACAACCAGUAGCUUUCUUCUCCCGAACACUUUCAAAUAGUGAACAGAGGCACUUGGAGAAGGAAGCUUAUGCCGUUGUGGAAGCCCUAAGGAAGUGGCGACACUAUCUCACUGGACGCCAUUUUUGGCUCGUGACUGACCAGCGUAGUGUUGCUUUUAUGUUUAACUCUAAAUCAGCGACCUCUGAACUUAAACCUCGGUUUUACAAGUUUGACUCUGGGCAUUUGAUUAAAGCUACUCAGCCAUUUGAAAGACUCAACAUAGAUUUUAAAGGAUCACAUUCAAGGAAUAAAUAUAUUCUUACUGUCGUAGAUGAAUUCUCUAGAUUCCCUUGUUCAGAUAUGACUACUGGUACAUUAAUUGAGUGCCUGGUGCAGCUGUUUGCAAUCUUUGGUAUGCCUGCAUAUAUACACUCUGAUAGGGAAACCUCCUUUAUGUCUAAGGAGUUGAAAGGUUUUCUACUCAAAAAAGUGGUAGCAACUAGCCGUACGACUCCUUACAACCCAAGAGGAAAUGGCCAGGAUGAUUAG